AGGGAGCCUUAAAAGGGGGGGGGGGCCUGGGAGGGGGGGCCCAGGCAGCUGCGGCAUGGGGGGGCUGGUUGGCCUUGGGCUGUGCCUCGCUCUGUGCUGCAGCGUUGUGGCCGGAUCUGCGGUGCCAGCCCGGUUGCAGGGUGGCCGUUCACGCUGUGCCGGGCGCCUGGAGCUCCUCUUUGCUGGCACCUGGGGCUCCGUCUGUGCCGAGGGCUGGGAUCCGGCGGCUGCCCGGGUGCUGUGCCGCCAGCUGGCCUGCGGUCGCCCGCGGUUCGUCCCAGCGCCCUGCGGCUCCACGGCGGCCGGCGCUCCCCCGGUGGUGCUGCGGCAGGUGCAGUGCACUGGGCAGGAGCCGGCCCUGGAGCACUGCAUCCUCCAACCGGGGCACCCGUCUCCCUGCCCCAUGGAUCGGGUGGCCGCUGUUGAGUGCGAGGACCCCUUCCAGCUGCGGUUGGUGGGUGGCCCCGGGCGCUGCGCCGGGCGGUUGGAGGUGAACCACGCUGGGCAGUGGGGCACAGUCUGCGAUGACGGCUGGAGCGGGACCAACGCGGCGGUGGUUUGCCGGGAGCUGAGCUGUGGGGCAGCGGGGAAAGUUGGCGACCUUCCCCGGGGACGGCCCCGCUUCGGCCCCGGUGCUGGGCGCAUCUGGCUGGACGACGUCCGCUGCCGGGGUCAGGAGGGGACCCUGCGGGAUUGCGCCCACCGCAUGUGGGGACGCCACGACUGCACCCACCAGGAGGAUGUCGGCGUGGUCUGCCAGGAUGCCUGAGCUCUGCCCCUCGAUGGCCCCCAGCCACCGUGUCCCCCUGCGGAGCAUCCCUCCUGCAUCCAUCCCCAGGCAGCCCCUGGCCCCAUGGGGGACCCCAGACACAAGACUCCACAGGAGGCCAUCGGUGGCAGCAGGGGAUCCUGCCCCA